AUGGCUAGGUUAAGGGUUUCUUGGUUUUGCAUGAUGUUAUUUUUGUUGACAAGUUUAGUUCUAGCACAAACACAAGGCGACGAUGAUGAUUACGAUGAUGCAUUUGCUCCAGAGCCAAGUCCAUCAGAUGAUGGAUCUCCGGCUCCAGUAGCAGACGAUAUGGAGGCUCCGGCACGAGCACCAGCACCGGUGACGGAGGCCGCUCCAUCAAGUGGGGAGGAGAGGAGAGCUUUGGUGCCAGCUUUGUUUGCCUUUGGAGACUCUUUGAUUGAUAGUGGAAAUAACAAUCGCCUGUUUUCAUUUGCAAAAGCAAAUUAUUUGCCUUAUGGCAUUGAUUUUGGUGGCCCUACUGGUACGUACUUUAAUUACUUUUUAUUAUGUAAAAAUGCAGGUGACCUUCUGGGAUUGCCACUGCUUCCACCAUAUUCGAAGAUAUUCAACGUCGACAAAAUGCGUUUCGGAGUUAACUAUGCCUCUGCUGCUGCUGGUAUUCUUGAUAUUACCGGCUUUCACUUUGUGGAGCGAAUCCCAUUCAGUUAUCAAAUCAAAAACUUUGAAAACACGUUGGUGAGUUUGAUAAAAAAUAUGAAUGCACCAAUUGUGGAAGAGGCAAUUCCCAAGUGCAUAUUCUUUGUGGGAAUGGGCAGCAAUGACUACCUCAACAAUUACAUUAUGCCUGCUUACUUUACUCAAGAUGAAUACACUCCUCAAAAGUUUGCUGAAUUAUUGGUUCAUCAAUACAAAGAGCAAUUGAUAAAAUUAUAUGAUCUUGGAGCUCGGAAAUUUAUAAUUGCUGGGAUUGGACAAAUGGGUUGCAUCCCAUUCUUGCUAGCAGAAAGUUCAAAUGGUGAAUGCUCAGAAAUAGUGAAUCAAAUGGUGCACCCAUUCAAUGCUAAAUUAAAGACAAUGAUCAUGAAACUCAACAAGAGUGAACUGCCUGGUGCCCACUUCAUUUUCCUUGACAUGGAAAAUAUGUUCAAAGAUAUCUUUACCAACUACAAGUCCUAUGGGUUUAGUGUGACAGAUCGUGGGUGUUGUGGGUCAGGGAAAAACAAAGGGGAAGUAACUUGUCUUCCAAUGCAAACACCAUGUCCAAACAGAGAUGACUACUUAUUUUGGGAUGCAUAUCACCCCACUUCUGCUGUCAACCUUUUGCUUGGGGAUAUGGCUUUCUAUGGAGGUCCCAAUUUUACUUUUCCUAUGAAUAUUCAGCAACUUGCUACUCUCUGAAAUUCAAGACUAUGAAAUAUAAUGUAGUAGUCAUUUUUUUUUU